AAACAACGAUGUUAUUGAGCGAACUCUGAAAUUUUCUCGCCUGAGAAAUACGCUACUAGUCCUCUUAGCAGACCAGAUUUUGAAACUUCUAGACGCUCUUACUACCCAAGAGCUCCUAAUAUCGCUCACAAACACUUCUGCUAAGGCGCCGGCUAGCGCGCUAGCUCAAAUCCCAAGGAGAACUUCCCGCAGAAGGGAACGAGAAGUGAUGGAGAAGGAAAUCCUAUACUAUUCCUUACGGUAUAAAGCCGAAAAUGCGCGAAAGAAGAUAAAACCCUCCCAUAGUUUCGAUGUCAAAUACUGGACAGCGGCAGCAGAUGCCAGCAAUCUCUCAGCCCAAGUGCACGAGAUGGAAAUGCAUCUCGCAAUACAGAGAUGGAAGGAAGAGGAGAAUGGCGGUUGUGAUGCCGAGGAAUGGUGGACUACACCAGAAGCACAUCGCUUCGUCGACCAGCUAAAAGCCUUCAAUUACGAAAAGCACCAAUAUCUCAACCAGGUAGCGCAACUAGAGCAAGGCGGAGCACGCAGACAUGCAUCCCAGUCCAUGUUUACUACAAGCCAAAUCGGCCUUGGUGUUGAUACUCCGGGCGUUGGCAAACGUCCAAGAAGCGAACAAUCGAAGUUCAAAAGCAGCCUGAUCGACUUUUACAACGCUGCUACAAUGGAUACAAGAAAUCCAAAAGUCAUCCGAAGCGUGCACGACAGCGCUACCGGGCAAGAGACAUUGAUGUCAACAAUUAGAGCCGUUCAACUUGUCCCGCACUCGCUUGGACGAGAUGUGUUGAUAGCUCUUUUCGGGAGCGAUGUCAAAGGGGAGUUAGAUGCGCCGUACAAUGGACUACUACUCGAUGUGGACGUUAAGGAAGCCAUGGAUGAUGGGGUUAUAGUUGUUGUACCGAAUUUACCGGAUAAUCCGUCCACAGAAGAGGUGGCUCUUUGGGAGGGAACCGAACCCAAGAAUUACAGAUGGCGAAUUAUGGACCCCGAUGCGGAUAUCCUUAACCGACCCGUCGAAGUUGCCCCCGAGAAACCUACAGUAAUGAUCAUGAGAGACCUUGAUGGGAAACAACUCUCCUUCAAGAACGAGAUGCGCCCGCGAGCGCGAUAUCUAUAUUUCCUAUUCGUUGUAGCCCAACUCAGACAAGCUUGGAGACAGGAAUACCGAAAUGAUCCGAGCAAAGUCUUAGCAAAACAGCUCGGGAAAGGAUUUUGGGCCACCAAGGGCCGUUACUUGGAACGCUCGUUUCUUCUUGCACUAGCCGACGAAAUCGGCCACGACACCAAAAUCACGGAGAACAUUCCCAUGGCGCCCGGUGAUGAUAAUGAUCCAGAUCAUACUGGAGUAAUUGGGAUUGCGAAGCUACUACAAACUCCCGACGAGGACAGUCUCGAUUCAGACGAGGAUGAGUGAUCCAUGAACGUUGAGGUACCUAGGUCAGCAUAGGGAUUAUAGAACGGGGAGGCAUAGAGAGCGGGCAGGCAGGCGGUAGACAUAUCAUUACCUGGGUUUAUCAUCUUGUAUAACUAAGGCGUGUUCAAUGGUACAUGAAAGUGAAAUGGCUCAAUAACCACCUUCAGUUGUGAGGACGUGUUGUGAAAUAUACCUACAUGUUGGCCACAAACGCUCUGACUCAUUCAUCGGAUUCGAAAGGGC